AUGGUGGCAAGACUCAAGCAUACCAGGAAGCUCAGAGGACACGUUAGCAUGGGCCAUGGCCGUAUCGGUAAGCACAGAAAGCAUCCUUGCGGCCGCGGUAAUGCUGGUGGUUUACAUCACCUCAGGAUCUUAUUUGACAAGUUCCACCCAGGAUACUUUGGAAAAGUCGGUAUGAGGCGCUUCCACUUGAAGAAAAACACAGAAUUCUGCCCUGUUGUGAACCUCGACACUCUUAACACUUUGCUGACUGAAGAACAAAAAGCCUCAAGCGAUGUGCCACUUGUUGAUGCUGGAGCUCACGGAUUUUUCAAAGUUCUUGGAAGAGGCGUCCUUUUAAGGCCAAUGAAUGUUAAAGCGAGGAUUUUCUCAGCAAAAGCUGAAGAGAGAAUUAAAAAAGCAGGUGGAUCAAUCAUUCUUUCAGCAUAA